UUCUGGAAAGAUCUUUGAUAGCCCAUCUAGUUUGAUAGGCGAUGAUAUUUUCCAAAUAUCCCCACCAAUCUUUGAAGGUGUAGACUAUUCGGCCAUGCACAAUUUUCCAGGCCUUGAAGGGGAAGAUUUAGUUAGUACAAACAAUCUUUGGAAUGGUGAAUUCAUUGCUCCUUGGCUGCUACCUGAACAAUCUCAUAUUCCUCCAGCUUUUGACGAGUUGUGCCAUCAAGCCAUGGAAAUUCCUCAAAUUUCAAGCUCCUCUAGUCUUGUAUUUGAUGACCCACUCCAUGCACAAAUUGCAUUGAAAGGAAAAAGUGCAUUCAGGAAGUAUGAGGAAUGCUCUACCGUGGGAGACCAAUUGAAUUCGGCAUCUAAAAUCAAUCAGAAAUCAAUCAAGAAAUGCUUCGAUUUUCUAAGUAGAAUGUAUAAGAGUAGCAAAAACAGGUCGAAUUGGGAAGUGGAUGAAGGUGUGGUAGAAGAAGCAUAUGCUUUUACUCAUAGGAUUUCUGAGCGCAAGAGAAGAAGCAAGCUUAGCCAGCUAUUUAUGGAUUUACGUUCUAUUCUUCCUCACAAUUCCAAGAAAGUUGAUAAAAUUUCCACAUUGUCGAAUGCGAUGAUGGAGCUGAAUCAGAAAAUUCUUCUCAUUGGAGAGCUUGAGCAACAAAAUGACAAGCUAAGUAAUGUGAUUAGCCAUAAUAUAAGAGCAGAUUUAGGAAGAAAUGCAUUGAUGGCUUUUGAUUGUGAAGAAGUUGUUGUAGCGAUUGAGGAGAGCAGAAUUUUAGAAGAGACAAUCAUUCAAGUUAUCCUGAAAAAAUCAUCUACUUCUACUCACAUGGACGCCAUUGCUAGGGUGGUGAAGUGCUUGAGAGAAAUAAAAUUGGAGGUGGAGGUGGUGAGAAUACAAUCGUGGGAGAUAGAUGCAGCUAAGCAGGCAAUUGAGGUCACAAUUCGCUCCAAAACAGAGGGUGAACGAUUGGAGAUUAAUAAGAGGAAAGAGCUUGAGGAGAUGGUGAAACAUGCUUUGAAUUUAAAUUAAGUGAUUGUUGAAUAAAUACAUUAACAUUAAAUUUUAUUUGUAUGUUGAUUUUUUAGGUUAUUUGAAAUAAGAUUGAUCAAAGUUGUUGAUAUCCAUAUGUAUUA